AUGUCUAUGAGGUCACGAGGAUUCAAAGAAAAAUGGGAUGGUCAUGCAUGCUUCUACCUGAUCAGAAGGAACAAAUGCAUACAGUGUGAUGUGUGUGAGAAUGCUCCGGCGACGGUGAUAUGUUGUGCCGACGAAGCAGCACUCUGCCCUAACUGCGACGUCCAGAUUCACGCAGCCAACAAACUAGCAAGCACGCACCAACGCCUUCAUCUCGAUUCUCUCUCCACCAAAUUUCCUCGCUGCAAUAUCUGCCAAGGAAAGGCAAAUGAAGUUGUCAUUGUUGGUGGUGGUUACAUUGGCAUGGAAGUUGCUGCUGCAGCUGCGUCUCUCCUCAGCUUGAUUCACCAGUCGUUAAGUUGUCUCCUUCUGUCGCCAAGGACUUAUGCAAGAAGAGCAGAAGAGCAUAUGAUCCGUUUGUUCAGAUACAAAUCCAAAUUUCUCAGGAUUGCUUCCGGUGAGGUUCUGCAGCAGCGCAAAGCUACAUAUUUUCCAGAUCAGGACGAGAAGAAAGUUGAAGCAGCUCGAAGACAGCCUUUGCUUAAGGAGACCAUCUCGGCUGCAAAAGAAUCAGACGCAGUACCUCUUGGAGCCAUUGGAGGGGAUGAUUCACUUGCAUCAGAUGAGAAGAAGGAAAUGCAAAAAUCAGAAGGAACUCCUGAUCCUCCGUCCACCAAAGCUACUCAAGCUUUUCAGUCAAAAAAACUACAGAACAUGCAUCUCCUCGAGAGCUUGGAUGAAGUCUCAACCUGGGUGGAUGUCAGAAUUCUGUCUGAACGUGUAAUGUGGGAAGGUGGAGCAAGGCCAGAGAGACUCUGUUUUGGAUAUAGGACUUGUGUCUCAGGCUUGUUAUACAUUUCCUUUUUUUUUCUUUCAUAA